AUGUUGCUCCGUCUCCGAGGGCCGGAUGGCAUGAAGCGCAUCAACAUCGAUCAGAAUGCUACUUUUGGAGAUCUGGGGCGCCUGCUUAUGCUAGAGUUGCCCCCCACCGUGAUCCCCGAAUCCAUUACCAUGUCGAACUCACCUACCGGAGGCGAGAAGAAGCGCAUUGCUGAAAUCGCCAAGUUCAAGGUUAGCCAAAUCGGGCUUGGCCAUGGUGACUUGAUCUUCAUUUCCUACGAGCAUAACGAUGCUGCUACGAAUGGUCACUCGAAUGGGGAAGCCACAUUGACCCAGGCCUCGACGAAUCGACUGAACGGGAAGCCCAUCCUACCGACAGAAGACGUUCCGAUUAACCCGCCACCGUUGAAGUCCCCUACUCUUGUCAAGAACCCAUGGGAGUCAGUGAAACAGUCGGAGUUGGACAACAGUUUAGACAGAAAGGAUGGCAAGAUCGCUCGAGGCCGUGACAACCGCAUGUGCAAACAUGGUCCCAAGGGCAUGUGCGACUACUGUACGCCCAUGGACCCCUUCAACACCCAGUACCUCGCCGACAAGAAGAUCAAGUACCUGUCGUUCCACUCUCACAUGAGGAAAAUCAACUCGGCAACAAAUAAGCCAGAGCUGGGGAGCUCCUUCAUUCCGCCCUUGAAAGAGCCGUAUUUCAGAGUCAAGCGCGAUUGUCCGUCUGGACACCCUCAGUGGCCCGAGGGCAUCUGCACCAAGUGCCAGCCGAGCGCAAUCAUUCUGCAGCCCCAAACCUUCCGUAUGGUCGACCACGUUGAGUUCGCCUCCUUCGAGAUCGUCAACAGUUUCAUCGACGCAUGGCGUAAAACAGGAGCUCAGCGGUUAGGACUGCUGUACGGUCAUUAUGAAGAGUACACCGAAGUACCUCUGGGUGUCAAGGCAGUUGUCGAAGCUAUAUAUGAGCCGCCGCAGGUCGACGAGAGCGAUGGUGUGUCAUUGAACCCAUUCGAAACCGAGGCGGCAGUCACCGGAGUGGCCAAACUGUGUGGUCUGGAACCAGUUGGAUCCAUCUUUACCGAUCUACUCGACUCCGGAGUUGGUGAUGGGUCUGUCAUCUGCAAAAGACAUGCCGACUCGUACUUCCUGUCAUCGUUGGAGGUGUGCUACGCCGCUCGAUUACAAGCUCAACAUCCCAAACCUAGCAAGUGGAGUGAGACGGGUCAAUUCGGCUCUAACUUUGUCACCUGCAUCAUCUCGGGUGAUGAGACGGGGAAAAUCGCCAUCUCGUCAUACCAGGUGUCCAACGAGGCGGUCGAAAUGGUGCGAGCCAACGUCGUCGAGCCCUCUGCCGACCCUUCUGUCAUGCUCGUCCAGGAAGAAGAGGAGGAUGACGGCUCCAAGAGUCGCACGCGAUACAUCCCCGAGGUGUUCUUCCGCAAGAUUAACGAAUACGGCGCCAACGUACAGGAAAACGCAAAGCCGGCUUUCCCCGUUGAGUAUCUCUUCGUCACAUUGACUCACGGCUUUCCCGCAGAGCCCAACCCUAUAUUCAACACACCCAAGUUCCCUAUUGAAAAUCGCGAGGUUAUCGGUGAAAGCCAACAGCCAAGUGCGGUGGCAACGGCACUCGACUUUAAUGGCGGAAACAAGAACAUGUCGCUUUCUGACUUCCACUUUCUCUGUUACGUCCACAACAUGGGAGUGUUGUCCAAGGCGGAAGAAGCGCUGCUCUGCCGCGUAGCAACCAAGCACGAUCUCGCUGACACAUACCAACUCUUUGAAAUGCCUGGGUGGCAGACCCUGAUUGCCAUUCUGCAAUCGACUGGUGAGAAACUCCCCAAUAACAGCAGCAGUCGGAAGCGACUCCGUCGGCCCAGUGGAGACGGGGCCCCCAACGGCGCUGCUGCCCCAGCACUAAAUAAUUUGUCCACUGGAAGACGCCCCAAUACCAGUGAACCAGACGCUAAGCGUUUUGCUGCCCUUAGGCUGAGCGGCGAGCGAGCAGAUGGGUCAGCACGACCGCGCCGCCUACCAGCGCGUCAGGCUGAGCGGGGCGAACAAUGA